AUGAUGCUGCUCUGGGCUUGCGCAGGUAUUCCAUUAGGAGUGUACAACAUUGUGGAAAACUUCAACGUGGCGUUGCGCAUCCAGCCGCAGAUUCUGACGUUCCUCAGCCUGGUGACCUGGAUCCAAUGCAAGUACUAUGGGAAUAAGUGGCCCUGGACCAAGUCUGCCGCCAUUGUCACUCCAGUAGCCGCUGUUAUGGGCGGCAUUGAAUGUGGACUGGUGUUUGCAUUGAGGAGAGGAAGAGAUAACCAUGUGGACUGGCCCGUCACCUUCAUGGCAGUGUUGUCGGCCUGUCUGCUUUGCGCCGGCGUCUUGAGGCAUUACUGGGACAUUUACAAAGAAAGGACGGUCAGAGGCAUCUCAUUUAUUUUUGUGGGAAUCGAUGCCAUGGGUGAUUUAACCUCGUUGAUUUCGGUUUGCUUUCAACCCCAUCUGGAUAUACUGGGACUGGUCAUCUAUGGAUCUGAACUUGUCUUGUGGCUCGGGGUCUUUGCAUGUGGAGGAUACUGUAAGACACCACACCAGUCUCCUGAUCGUCAAUUUUCGACCUUGGCUGCAGCGGCAGAUGGAAAAGCGCGGAUGCGGGAAUGCGCGAAAUGA